ACAGACAGUUCUGCUGGGGCGCUGCUGGCCUCCAUCCUUCUCAACCUCUGUGAUGUCACACUGGGACUUCUUUCCUUCCACCCUGGGCUGUGGCUUCCGAGGCUGCUGUGGCCAUGGGGCUCCUGGAGCCAGCAGGGGCGAGGGAGCCUAGUGGCUCUGAUCUCCCCUGCCGGCGCGGGAGGUCCAGCCAUGCCGCUCUUGAAGGACGCUGUGCCCCUCAUGAAGGAGCCCCAUCCCCCGCCUCAGGCUCCUCUUCCAUGGAUCCUCCCUAGCCUGUUUGCCGCCUUCAAUGUCGUGCUGCUGGUGGUUUUCAGUGGCCUCUUCUUCGCAUUCCCUUGCAGGUGGCUGGCCCAGAAUGGAGAGUGGGCCUUUCCCCUCGUCACAGGCCUCCUCUGUGUCCUCACCAUCUUCAGUCUGGUUUCACUCAAUUUCUCAGACCCCGGCAUCUUGCAUCAAGGCUCCAACGAACAGGGUCCCAUGAUGGUGCAGGUGGUGUGGGUGAACCACAGGGCCUUCCGCCUGCAGUGGUGCCAAAAGUGCUGCUUCCACCGCCCGCCCCGGACCUACCACUGUCCUUGGUGCAACAUCUGUGUAGAAGACUUUGACCACCACUGCAAAUGGGUCAAUAACUGCAUUGGUCACCGCAACUUCCGCUUCUUCAUGCUGCUGGUCCUGUCCUUAUUUCUCUACUCGGGUGCCAUGCUGGUGACCUGCCUGAUCUUCCUGGUGCGCACGACCCACCUGCCCUUCACCAUGGACAAAGCCAUCGCCAUCUUGGUGGCUGUACCUGCCGUCGGCUUCCUGGUGCCGCUUUUCCUGCUGCUGCUGAUCCAGGCCAAGUCGGUGAGCGCGGCCGAGCGCUCCUACGAGGGCAAGUGCCGAUACCUGCAGGGAUACAACCCCUUUGACCACGGCUGUGCCAGCAACUGGUAUUUAACAAUUUGUGCACCUCUGGGACCCAAGUACAUGGCCAAAGCUGUCUGGCUACAGAGAAUGGUGGGGUCUGACUGGGCGCCCAUGCAGAACCUUCACUUCCCAAUGUGCACCUCGGUGCUCAGUCCUCCAGCCAACCCAGGGCCUGUGCCUGGCCCCCAACUCCAACCUCUGAGUCUCUACAAACCAGGGAAGGUUCCCCCAGGGAGUGGUGAGGCUCCAUCCCUCCAGGAGCUCCAUCCAGGCCCAGUGCUGUCCUUGUUGCGGGACUGCCCCAGACGAGGCUCUGUCUGCCGCUCGCCCCCUCAUACCCGGCGGUGCCAGGAGCCCCUGCACCUGAACCUCAUCUCUUGAGUCCCGCAUGGAGGCCUGUCUAUGCUCUGCCCUUGCCCAUUCCCCUGGCGGGAGUGUUGUGAGCCCCACCAAAGCCCAUUAAAUAUCCGUUGCCUGCCUCCUACAACGACUCUCCUGCACUGUCUGUCCUGGGGGCCAGGGAACUUGGGGGUGAGGGGGGCUCCAAGGGGCCGGGACAAAGGCCCUGGGAGAGAGGAGCCAGGGUCCCAUACUGGCUGGUUCUGCAACCUUGGUUAAGACACUCAACACUUCUCUCAUCCUUAGAAUGGGGGGACCGUAAGGACCACAGCGGUGUAACAGAAAGCCCAGCAACCCCAGAGGUCCCAGGGAUGUCAGCCCCAGCAACGUCCCCGCCUCUGCCCUGCCGCACCCCUGUCUGGCUGCAGGGGGCGCCCGUCGCCUGGGAAUUCGCCAAGCUGGCCCGUCCCGUCUGGGAACACUGAAGCCUCCCCCAUAGGUUGGGCGGCACUCAGGCUGGGAAUCGGCCCCCUACUUGCUGCCUCAUCCCUGGGGGGUGGAGGG